AUGGUCCUCUAUAAACGCAAACAUGUCACCUACGUACGACCCCCGCCAAUUCCCGACGACUUGAACACACAAGUGUUUUACAUUCCCGCCACCAAAGAGUGGUUCUACACCUAUGAGGAAUAUAUAAAGAGGCUAGAUUUCUUCCAACAACGGAAAUUCGUUUGUGAAAUAACCGGCAACUCAUGCUUGACUUUCUUUCAAGCUCUUGAAAGUGAAAAACGAGAGAUCAAGGGAGUGGAAAAAAACUUCCCCGAGGCUCUACGAGAACAUAUUCUUCGGUUUCUUCAGUUUAAUCGUAUCACUAGACUCGAUCAUUUGGUGGAUAAGGUGUAUCUGUCGUUUCGAAAUGACUAUUUUCCUGGUGAAACUAUCUACAUAAAAGGUGCCAUCGUUCCUGAUCACAACGGCUCCUCGGCUGGUGGUCCCGUGGGUAAGCAACGUGGAACCAUACGUGAAAAAGUUCAGUACUCCAACCCUGCCGAUGGACUCACCACAAAAUACUUGGUGGUGCGACUUCACGAUAUGCAACAGGCAAUUGUCACUAAAGACAAAAUCUCACGGGACCGCAAUCACUUUACAAAAUGGCUAAUCAAGACGUUUAUCAAGUUGACCAUGACUCGAUCUCCCAAAGUUGGAGCUCCAUGGGUGGUUAAAGAAAAGUAUGCCAAAAAGUACCGUAUACCACAAGAAUUUCCAGACGACUUACGCCACUAUAAAUGGUCCACACCCACUGCGGACGUUGUCUUUGAAGGCGACUCAGCUCUCCCGGAAAUGCCCGACAGCGAACAGGAGUCCUUGGCAAUUAAACGGGCUCUUGAAGCCAGUAAACGUAACAAGAAAAGUCUAGGUAAGGGAAGAAAGAAACCCGCCCUCAAUAAUCUUUUGGACGAUUCCACCCCAGACGGUGGCGACGCCCUCGAUUUCAAACCCACAGAUCCCACAAAACCUCUUCCUACACACUACUUGCCUGAUAAACUUCAGCGUGAACUCGAUUUCGACGACUCAAAAUUAGACUCGAUUCAACCCACCAAGAAAAAUGUUUCUGAGGACUUGGACCUCAGAUUUGACCUACAGAAUACGAAGCCACAACCAAUGGCACCUCAACUUAGCGCCAAUGCGUUGAAACACACACAGGCAUUGAUCGCUCGACGCCAACAAGAAAUAGACAAUCUCAGUGAAGCCGAAGACGAAGUGUCAGAAAAAGUCAAAAUGGACCCCACAUACCGAGAGUUCUGUGAACUGGAAAUUUACAGGCUUCAGCGUUCACUCUCCUUUUCUUGUGUACAAGAAGCAUUGGAAACUUGGUCGUUUCUCAACAUAUACCACCGUGCACUCAAGUUGGAUACCUUUACGUUUGAUGAUUUCAUUUACGCAAUGGGGUGGACAUGGGAGGAGUACGAAGAUAUAGGCCGAUGUGAGCUCGUUGACGAAAUCUGGUGUGCUGUGUUGGGUGCUUUUGUCUCCAAUGAGCUCCCCACUUCUCUGGAUGAUGAUGACGAUGAUGACGAGGUCUUUGGUUUGCUCGUGAACUUACCGGAUAAUGAAAAGGUGGAACCUGAGGAACCGGAGCUCAAGGCUCUGACUCCACUAAAGGAGGAAACUCCCGUGAACGAAGUGAAAAAGGAAGAAGAAGCAGACAAUGAUCGAGAUACAAAGUCGCCAAGCGAUUCUCUGGAAGACGAAGAAGAGGAAACAUCUCAUAAUGCCUAUAAAAUAAUGAACUACAGAGGAACUCCAUGGCAUGAUCGACUUCGAAAACGUAAUUUCAAAGAAGGAAAUUGGCAAGGUAUCCUUCUAGGUGUAUUAUCAACGGUGGAAUACGUUCCGGAAUAUCAGCAGUUGAUUACUCGUGUAUUCAAGAUACUUGCACCUCCAGACCUACCAGCGAAUCCCAGCACUACAUUAAGCCAGUUUUACGACUCCUUUGAUUUUGAGCUGCGAUUACAAACAUUAUGCCUUCUCGUCACCCUAUUAUCCAAUGGUACGAUAGUGCGUCGUUACAUUGACGAAUGUCUCGAGCAGUCUACUGUAUACCGCCGAAGUAGGUUGGAUAACAUAAGAGACUAUAAGGCCAUGAUGGAUGUCGCUAUCGGGUAUCACGAGCAACUAGAGCAGGUACGAGCUGAGUUGGAGGACAAGCUUAACAAGGAGAACAACGGUGUUGCUGAGGAAGUUAAGGAUACGAAGAACACAUCUGAGGAUAAGAAACGUGCAAAGUUGAAUUUGUUGGCGUUUGAAAUGAAUGAUGACGACAAGAAGUUUGCCGAUGUGAGCGACGAUUAUAGAACGGUAUGGGAAUCACGAAAAGAAACAUUACAAAAAAUGGAGCAGAUUAGAAAGGAGAGAAGACAAAUCGAACGCAAACUAGUGGAACUUGACAGCCAAAGAUUAAAGCUUUUGGGAAAAGAUCGUUUGUUCAAUAGAUAUUGGUGGUUUGAAAACAACGGCUUACCAACAUUACAUGGAACAUCCAAAGAUGAAGACAAUGACGAUGAAGAAGUUGCUGAGAGAAAUGACGACGAUUCCGACGUAGAUGACGGUGAAAUAAUUGACGAGACAUAUCUUAUGGGAACAUUAUGGGUUCAAGGACCCUCCAAGGAUGAUGUUCGUAUUCACCUUGAGCUUUCUGAGACAGAAGCUGAACGACUUGGCAACUCCACUGAGCAACUCAACAAGGAUGUGAAAUUCCAUGUUCCUCCAUCUGAAGAUAAAGUUGUGUUGAACGACUUGGAUUUCACGAACAUCCCUGCUUCUUUUAGCACUUUAGCUGCAACCUACGAAGUAACUUUUGACAAAAACUCCGUUUUUGUUGGACUGAAGGAAGAAAGCUUUUUGGACCAAUGGGGAUGUCUUCGCAGAGAUCAUCGUUUGAUAACACCUGUGCAAAGAAAACUAUUAGAGGAAUACCCAAGUCCCCUAUUCAACGGAAACAAUUGGCGUGUCUACACAGAACCAGACCAGAUCCAAGAGCUUCUCAACUGGCUCAAUCCUUGGGGAAAGCGCGAGUCGCAGCUUCGCAAAGAGUUGGUGGUAGUUGGCGAUGCUAUAAAAUUGAGUAUGGAAGCAAGAAAAAAGGCCAUGUGGCUUGCAACUGACAAUGGCACCGUUAACGGCACGAAACAAACAGAACAAAAACCUGAAAAUGAAGCUGAAAGUGACGACGAGAUAAAUGUGUCGGCUGGAAAGCGAAACAGACAAUCAACGGGAAGGAGAAAGAAAGCGAAUAUAUCCGACUCGGGCAGCUCAGACGAGGAAACGAGAGUACCAAUUACUCGAGAACUUAAUAGGGCACUCGAGUGGAUGAACUCUUUGGCGAGAGACGAACUAGAGAAACUGUUGUACGAAGGAGGCGACAAAGCAAAAACAAAGGGAAGGAAGAAGAAAUGA